AUGGCUGCACCAACGGAAUGGGAAAACAGGUGGCCAGCUGCUGUUGAGCACCUCACCGCCCUCGGUAUUCAUGUGCAAGCGCCAACACCGACGACGUCUAAACACCACCUCACAACACGAAAUGCACAUGGGACGCUGACCAACAUCAUCUUAGGUUUCCACCCCCGAAACAAAAAGGUGCAUGGUGGUGACGACCAUACACCUCCCCUCUGGGCCUCCGCGCCCACCCGCUCCGCCCUCUGGGGCUGGGUGAGUUGGAUCAUGUCCGUCCUUGGCUGUUCGGCCAUCAUCUCUGCUCUCAAGAGCCCCGAGGCUGUUGCUUCGUUCCUCGUUGCAUCCAAGCAAACCGCCCAAUCCAUCGCCAAACACUCCGCCCGCUCCGUCCGCCGCUCGACCUGCCCGACUGGCGGCCUCGGCAACGAGGACGCCUACAACACGCCCUUCCACGUCGGCGCCCUCUUCAUCAUCCUCGGCGUCUCCUUCCUCGCCUGCGCCUUCCCCCUCAUCGCCUCCGUCACCCCAGGCGUCCGCAUCCCUCGCCCCUUUUUCUUCGCCGUACGCCACUUCGGCACCGGCGUCCUUCUCGCUACGGCCUUUGUCCACCUCCUCCCCACGGCCUUCACCCUCCUCGGCAACCCGUGCCUCAGCUCCUUCUGGGUCGAGGACUACCCCGCCAUGCCGGGCGCCAUCGCCCUGGCCGGAAUCUUCCUGGUCACCAUCAUCGAAAUGGUCUUCCAACCCGCCCGCCACAUGUCCCACGCCCCCGACGACUCCGUCCUCUCGCCGCAGCGUUCGGGAUCCGUCGACAACGACGACAACCGUGAUCCCGGGCCCUACCCUCUCGAGAUGGCCCCGAGCCGCGGCGCCGCCGGCAGCAUGGGCCGCACCCUCUCCCGCAUCGGACGGGACGAGCAGCAGGCCGGUGACAGGCUUGCCAAGCGCGUUGACGAGGAGAGCCGCGCCGUGCAGCUCCACGCCAACGGCGUCGUGACCCUCUCCCCCGCGCAGCAACACCAAAAGGACAUUCUGCAGUGCAUGAUGCUCGAGGUCGGAAUCCUGUUCCACUCCGUCUUCAUCGGCAUGACGCUCAGCGUCUCCGUCGGCCACGAGUUCGUCAUCCUCCUCAUCGCCAUCGCCUUCCACCAGACCUUUGAGGGGCUCGCCCUCGGCUCCCGCAUCGCCUCCAUCGACUGGCCCAAGGGUAGCCUGCAGCCGUGGAUGAUGGCCCUCGCGUACGGGUGCACCACGCCCAUCGGCCAGGCCAUCGGGCUCGCGACCCAUAGGCUGUACAGCCCGAACUCGGAGUUCGGCCUGAUCCUGGUCGGCACGAUGAACGCCCUUUCGUCCGGCCUGCUUGUCUUUGCCGCGCUGAUUGAGCUGCUCGCCGAGGACUUCCUGUCCGACGAGAGCUGGCGCAUCCUUCGGGGCUCCAAGCGCGUCUGGGCCUGCCUGCUCGUCUUCUUUGGCGCGUUCGGCAUGAGUCUCGUCGGUGCAUGGGCUUAA